AUGGGAUCUGAGCAAAGUACUCAGUCUUCAAGAUCCCAUAUUUUAAAAUCUAGUAGCAAGAUAAAGGAACACCAGCAUCCAAGAAGCACCUCUCCGCGUCCAUCAAUAAGUUCUGAUUCUGAUAUACCAUACAUUUCUUAUACUGUCAACAGGCCGAUUGGAGAUUCUCCAAAACUUUCUUCAAAAAGUCCUGCUCACAGUUUACGUGCAUCGGCUACCCCAUCACCUAGGUCUUCUCCUAAGGCUCCAAGACCCAAGUCAUAUGCAGGAUCUUCCUCGGGUCAUGACAUUGUUGUUGUCAAAGAAGGGUCCUCCAGCAUGGAAUCUUUAGAGACUGACGCAGAAUUGAUUCGAUUGCAAAAAAUCCCAACAUUUCAUCCUAUAAUGCGUGGUGCACUGAAUAUUCCUACUGUGCAUGACCCAGAAGUCCUUGAUAAAUUGGAUCAUCAAGUCAUUUUAAAUUUGUGCCAAAGAUACCAAGACCAUCUCAAAAUGUGUGCAGAGGUUGUUAGCACAGAACAAAAUGCUCUUACUCAAAGAAUAAGUGAAAUUGAUUCUGCAGUCUCAACCCUGACAAAGAUGUUGACAGAGAGGCAGAAAAAGUUUGUCAAAUAUGCCGAGCAACUGGGAAAAGUUCAAGAGGUGUCUAGUAACCUUCGUAGGUGUGAAUCUGGCUUGAAAGAAGUGAUUAAAAGUUUGGACACGUUAAACAACAUGCUGCCUCCUGAGGAAAGGCUUGAGCCAUUUGUCAUGGUUACUGGAUAGGAUUGGGACAGUGAAUGCCAUGAAGCAUUCACUGCUUUUUUAGAACCCAAUGAAUCUUAAUAUAAUUGAUGCUUAAUUAUUAUGAGUGGCAUAAGAAUUCCAAUAUUUUGUUUCUUAGUAUUUAUGUUACAUUUGUGUUGAAUAUUCAUUACUUGAAAUCUACAAUUGUAGUUCAU